UCCCCUCCGAACCCAAUCGCUCGUUCCGCCAGGGAAGUGACGGGAGUGACCGCCAUGAGCAGAGGAUGGAGUGUGCGGGGUUACGGCCUUCGGCUGCAAACCUUACUCUCCUUCUCCCCUUCCGUAACUUCCGGUCAGCUCCGAACUGUUCACCGUUGGAGCCAUCGAAGAACGACGACGACUCUGAGCGUGGAGGCUAAGAAAGAGAGCGGCGACUCCAAGAGGAAGAAGAAGGAGAAGGUGUUGGUCAUCUCCGGACCCACCGGGGCUGGCAAGUCGAGGCUUGCUCUCGAUCUCGCCAGGCGACUCAAUGGACAGAUCAUUAGUGCCGACUCCGUUCAGGUGUACCGUGGGCUGGAUAUUGGAUCUGCAAAGCCUUCAACUUCUGAAAGAGAGGAGGUGCCCCACCACUUAAUUGACAUCUUACACCCAUCUGAAGACUAUUCUGUAGGACAAUUCUUUGAAGAUGCCAGACAAGCAACUGAAGAUAUUAUCAGAAGUGGGAAUGUGCCAAUUAUCGUUGGCGGUACAGGAUUAUACUUACGUUGGUACAUAUAUGGUAAGCCAGAAGUUCCAAAAGCAUCUUUGAAGAUUGCUGCAGAAGUUGAUUCCGAGCUACUUCCUCUGCAGAGACAAGGGGAUUGGUGCGCAGCUGUACAAUUGCUUGAGAAAGCUGGUGAUCCUAAAGCUCAUCUUGUGCCUUCAAAUGACUGGUAUAGACUCAGGCGUAGUCUUGAAAUUAUAAAGUCCACAGGGUCACCACCAUCUGCUUUUAGUAUACCAUAUGAUUCAUUUAGGGAGCAACUGGAGUCUAGAGCAUCUGAUUCCUCACCUGAUAGUGUCUCUUCUUCAAAUGGACCAUCUGAAGAUUUGGACUAUGACUUCAUAUGUUUCUUCCUUUCAAGUCAAAGAACGGAACUUUACAGGAUGAUCGAUUUACGGUGUGAAGAGAUGCUAAAAGGCAACCCUGGAGUUCUUACUGAAGCUUCAUGGCUUCUUGAUAUUGGCCUUCUUCCAAACUCAAAUUCAGCUACUCGAGCAAUUGGAUAUCGACAAGUUUGUCUUCAUAAACUUGGCUAUCAAUUUUUACAGGCUAUGGAGUAUUUGCUAAGUUGUAGACAAGAAGGAGGGAGAACUUCUCCUGGAGACUUUUAUGCUUUUCUAACAGAGUUUCAGAAAGCGUCAAGAAACUUUGCUAAAAGGCAAAUGACGUGGUUCCGUAAUGAACACAUAUAUCAAUGGCUGGAUGCUUCUCAACCCUUGGAAAGAGUGCUUGACUUCAUUGUUGAUGCCUACUUUGAUGAAAAUGGACGAGUAGUCCCAGAGCAACUAAAAAUGCACAAAGAUAUCUGUAGUCCUCGGGAAGCUUACGAACUGAAGUCCUAUCAGACAAGAAGAAGGUAUUUCAGCAGGCGUGAUGAUUGUUCUGGUAUUAUGGAUUGGAUACUGAGGACUCAGAGACUAUAGCGGUUAUUUAUGGAGAAGGAUUUCCAUCAAAACCCCUAAUACCGAAGUCCAAUGAUAUUUUUUCAAUUUAUUUUUAUGGUUAUAGUGAUGCAUGAAAUGCAAUUUUGGCUGAGUGAACAUUGAUUAGUACUCCCAUUGAGACCUUAACUAGUGGUUGUAAUUUGUAAAUUUUCUUUUUUACUUGGUCUAAUUCCGUUAAGGCUCUUUUUCUUGUUUAUUCA